GUUCUUUUUUCUUACCAUUGAGUGAGCUCCUUCUUUACUAUCUUCAUGGAGUUUGGGGUCUUCUCUUUCAUAGUUCUUAUUUCGGUUUUUGUACUUGUACUCGUUGUUCGAAAACUUACAAAUUUCUCUAAAAUUAAUAAGCCGAAGUUGAAUCUCCCUCCGGGGCCACGGAAGUUGCCUUUCAUCGGGAGCUUGCACCUUUUUGCUGGCUCGAACCCACCCCACCGUACUCUAAGAGACUUGGCCAAGAAAUAUGGGCCCCUGAUGCACCUGCAGCUAGGUGAAGUUAACAUUAUUGUUGCAUCCUCAUCCGAAACUGCACGACAGUUCUUGAAAACACACGACAUCGACUUUGCCUCCAGGUCGACGGUGCUUAUGUCAGAAAUUUGUUGCUACGGAAACAAAGACAUUGUGUUUGCUCCAUACAGUGAGUACUGGAGACAAAUGCGAAAAAUCUGCACGCUGGAGCUCUUGAGCGCCAAGCGUGUGGAGUCGUUCCGGCCCAUUAGGGAGGAAGAAAUGUCGGACCUCUGCAGAUGGAUAGUUUUGCAGGAAGGAUCACCGAUCAAUUUGACGCAAAAACUUUGCAUGGCAAAUUAUGAGAUCAUGGCCAGAGCAACCUUUGGGAAGAAGACCGAAGAGCACGUAAAAUUCAUAGCGAUUGUCAAAGAAGGUAUGGAGUUCAUGUCAACCUUUCAUAUUGCUGAUGUCUAUCCUUCUCUCAAAUUAUUGAGUUGGAUAACCGGGUUGAAGAGGAAGCUCGAAAGAGUGCAUCAACAAACAGACAGGAUAAUCGGAAACAUCAUCGAGGAGCACAGACGAGUGGAUGCUGCAGACAGGGGAAACCAUGAAGAUCUAGCAGAUGUCCUCUUGAGAGUCCGGGAUAGUGGAUCGCUUGAACUGCCACUAACUAUAGAAAACAUAAAAGCCGUCCUGGCGGACAUGUUCGGUGGUGGGAUUGAGGCACCAACCACAACUAUCGAUUGGGCAAUGGCCGAAAUGGUCAGAAAUCCCAGUGUCUUGAUCAAGGCGCAGGACGAGGUGAGACAGGUUUUCGAUGGCAAAGGCCGUGUCAAUGAGGCAUACUUUGAUGAACUCAAGUACCUAAAAUUAGUGAUCAAAGAGACUCUCAGGCUGCAUCCACCAGGAGCUCUGCUGCUUCCAAGACAAAACAAAGAGCGGUAUGAGAUUAACGGAUACGAAAUACCUGCAAGAAGUCGAGUCUUGGUAAACGUAUGGGCUAUCGGGACAGACUCCGAGUAUUGGGAGGAUGCAGAGGAAUUUAAACCAGAGAGAUUUCUUGAAAAACAGGUUGAUUUCCAGGGGAACUGCUUAGAAUUCAUCCCUUUUGGUGCUGGAAGGAGGAUUUGCCCUGGAAUCUCAUUUGCUAUUGCAAAUGUUGAGUUAGCACUGGCAAUGCUCCUCUACCAUUUUGAUUGGAUUCUUCCUAAUGGAAUGAAACCAGAAGAAAUGGACAUGACUGAGUUCUCCGGGGUGUCUGCCAGAAGGAAAGCUAAUCUUUACGUCAUUCCUAUUGUUAGGAGGCCUUUUUCUAGUUGAGCAGAAACCAACCAAGCUCAGUUUAUCUAUCGCAUUGGAUUUUCUGAUGCAGAUUCUAUUCCAUCUUCUAUGUCCUACAACUUACACACGUGAUAUGUAUAAAUAAAAAUAAUAUUACGUCAUCUCCUACUCCGUUCAGCAUACA